UCGGGGCUUUUUCGUGCUAUGAUGUGUCUGGCUUCGCAUUGCCACACGCGUUGUAAUGACCUUCUGCUGACUAAUAAUAACUCAUUUUAUUUUUCGACAUUAUGAUAUGAAAUCAAGGUAAAAUGUUGAAAAGUAUAAUCGGACGUCACAUCCUUCGUAACUUUGGGGGAAGGCAGUGGAGUGGCCUCCUGCAGGUGUCCAGCAAGUUUGCCUGUUUAGGGCAGCGGACCAUUCACUCUUCAACACUGUUUACUAGAGGUUUAUAUGGACAGCUGCCGCCAAGACAUGUUGAUGGUUCUGUUCUGGGAGCCCAGUCAUUUCACUGGUCUGCACAGAGACUGAAGAAACGUCUUCAGGAAGAGAGUCCACCAAGAGAACUUGAUUUGGUUCAUUAUGACAUGAGAGACCUGAAGAAAGCUCCAAAGCCUGCCCUCUAUCUUGGAUUAUCUGGUCUCAUACCUUUUGUAUCAGCUCCUCUACUUAUGGCGGUCACAGAGCUGUACCUUCCUGAAGUUGCAUUUGCUCAAGUUGCAUACGGAGCGUCCAUUGUUUCCUUUGUUGGUGGGGUACGCUGGGGUUUCGCCUUGCCUGCCGGGAGUCCAGCAAAACCUGACUGGCUCAAUUUAGCCAACAGUGUGGUUCCCUCUCUGAUUGCUUGGACAGCACUGCUUUUUUGCCAUGACAUUACGCAGUCUGCUGUGAUUGUGAUAAUGGGGCUUGGGAUAGCAUUGCAUUAUGACCUGUCCCUCCUGCCCACAUAUCCCAGCUGGUUUAAAGCACUGAGGACCAUCCUCACAGUUGUAGCCUUUUUCUCUUUGAUGGGCACUAUUGUCAUUAAGCAGUAUUAUCCUGAGAAGAAGUAUUUCUCUGAUACAUGAACUAUGCACAUUUGCAUUGUCAAUCCAUUAAUAUGAAACAAGUUAAAAGUGUCAUCACUGAUAAAGUUACACCAUAUUCUACAUGUUUAAAGGUGAU